AUGGUGUCGUUAAGUGCUGAGGUAUUGUGUUCAUUGGUGGAGGUUUGCAUGCACACACUCCUCUGUGUCCGCAAAGUAUACCCACCAGAGUCUUUCUCUCGUACUCGCCGUUUUGGUCAUUGGGUUUGGAUGUCAACAUCUAAAGCCCUUACUUCUUAUAUUAAAGAGGUAGUUGGGGGUUUAUGCGAAGGAAUAAGAGGAGGGUUUAUAGAGGGGGUUUGUUUACGUCUGCAUAAUAAGGAGGGUUUUGCUGCUGAGGUGUAUACCUUUCAUUUCCCUGCUGCUGCAGCAGCAGCAGCAGCAAAAAAUCCCGCUGCUGCAGCUGCAGCUGCUGCUGCUGCUGCUGGUGGUGGUGGUGGUGGUGGUCCUGCUGCUGCUGCUGUUGCUGCUGCUGAUUAUGAUCCAGUAGAUAGCAUACAAAACUUCCUAGCAAGGGCAGAGCUCAUCAGCUGCUGGCUGCCGCAGCAGCAGCAGCAGCAGCAGCAGCAGCAGCAUCAUGGGCAGCAGCAGCAGCAACUGCAGCAGCAACAGGAGCGUCAGUUGGUUUCUUUCUCUGUCUGUGCUCAUGUAACACCUGAGAUAGCAGACAUAGCAGCAGAAGAAGCAGCAGCAGCAGCAGCAGCAACAGGAGCAACAGCAGCAGCAGCAGCAGCAGCAGCAGCAGCAGCAGCAAAUGUGCUGCCAGCAGAAUGCCGCAGCGCAAUUCAUCGAUUUUUAUGUCAAUGGAGAAAACCAUACUCACAAAGACAAGAUUGCUGCGUAAGGGCAGCCAAUACUUCUUUCUUAACUCUCUCUGUUGCUGUAGCGCAGCAGCAGCAGCAGCAGCAGCAGCAACAGCAGCAGCAGCAGCAGGAUGAUGACGAUGAUGUGCUGCAUUGGUCUUCACAGCAACAGCAGCAACAGCAGCAGCAGCAACAGCAGCAGCAGAAGCCGUUGUCGCAGUGGACUUCUCAGCAGCAGCAGCAGCAGCAGCAACAGCAGCAGCAGCAGGAAAAUGUGCCGCAUUGGUCUUGUUCGCAGCAGCAGCAGCAGCAGGAACAGCAACAGCAGCAACAGCAGCCGUUCUCUCAAUGGCCUUCUCAGCAAGAGCAGCAGCAGCAGCAGGUACUGCAACAGCAGCAGCAGCAGCAGCAGGUGCUGCAGCAGCAGGCAGCAGCAGCAGCAGAUCUAACAGAAGAUGACUUGGCAGAUUUAGACUUUUAA